AUGGGGCAGUCUACCCUAGGUAAUAAGAUCGACGAAGCCAGAGAGUCGUUCUGGCAAGUGAGCAAAGACAUAUGGAACUGUCCAGAGCUCGCUUAUGAGGAGAAAAAAGCCCACGACACAUUGGUAAGAUUUUUCAGUGAGGAUAAUUCAUGGGCCGUAGAUGGACACUAUAAACUCGACACUGCGUUUCGCGCAUCAUGGGAACGUCGUGGCAGUAGUAGCGAAGGUAGAGAAAUCCAAAUUGGUUUCUUGUGUGAGUACGACGCGUUGCCUGGAAUGGGGCACGGCUGUGGCCACAAUUUAAUAGCUGAGGUUGGCGUUGCAGCAGGAACAGGCUUGAAGCGUCUACUGGAAACUCUGCCAGACUGCCCCCAUGUUAAGAUCACCGUUUUGGGGACCCCAGCAGAGGAGGCCGGUGGAGGGAAGGUGGACAUGGUUGAGAUGGGGGCCUUUGAGGGGCUAGACGUGGUGUUCAUGGCCCAUCCCUCGCAGGAGGACGCCACCUAUUUGCCAAUCGUAGCAGAACACGAUGUGGUGGUGAAGUACCAUGGCAAAGCCGCGCACGCCGCAGCGUACCCCUGGGAGGGCGUCAACGCUCUCGACGCAGCUGUGCUCGCCUACAACAACCUGUCAGUUCUCCGACAACAACUGCUGCCAAGCUGGAGAGUACACGGUAUAAUUCGUCACGGUGGGGUUAAGCCCAACAUCAUUCCCGAUUUCACCGAACUGGAAUAUUAUCUACGCACGCCAUUACGCAAAGAUCUGCCAGCCAUCCGAGCCAAGGCCGAGAUGUGCUUCAGGGCAGCAGCCAUGGCAACUGGUUGUGAGGUUGAAGUUAUAUUUGCAAAAAAUGAAUUUCACGACUUAUUACGGAUUCCCACCUUAGAAAGGCUGUUUGAAGAAAAUGGGAAAGCUUUAGGAAUGGAAUUCAUCACCGACAUCACUGGAUCAGAGGGUUCAACAGAUUUUGGGAAUGUGUCGCAUGUUGUCCCAGGCAUUCACCCCAACUUCUACAUUGGUUCAGAGGCGUUGAAUCAUACAAAAGAAUACACCGUGGCUGCUGGGGCAGAGGCAGCCCAGUUCUACACCCUGCGGACAGCCAAAGCACUGGCCAUGACGGCCCUUGAUGUCCUCUUCUGUCCAGAGUUGAUGCAGAGCAUCAAAACAGAGUUCAGUGACGUUAAGAAAAACAAGAUCCGUAGCUCAAGAUUGACAGAAGUCUGAAGACAUGCUCUAGAGAGUCUAGACAUUAUUUAAUGUGAAUUACUGUAUAUAACAUUAAACGACACAAAUUGCAGUAUUUCUAUUAAA